UCUCUCUCUCUUUCGAAAGAGUCGCACAGUUUUCGGCAUUUUUUCUUCACGAUCGGAUCCACAAAUCGAUGCACGUCGCGAACGGGGGUACAUCGGUUCGAACGUCGCACAGUAAAUUAUUUUUUGCUUCGUUAUCUCGUCAUUUUUGUCCUUUUCUCUCUCUCUCUCUCUCUCUCUUUCUCUUUCUCCUUCUCUUUCUCUCUGUUUGGUGGUAGUCGCGAUACCACAAUCCCUAAAAUAUUUAUGCGCAUAGAUAUCGCUAUCAUGUGCGUCGGAUCGUACGUUCAAUACGAUAGAACACACCGAAUCGAUAAUAUCACGUUCGUUCGAACGUCUAGCAACGUGACGUGUCAAGCUCGAAAAUAUACAUAAAUAGUAUGUGUACCAACAAAACUAGUGUUCUUUCAAAGUCAGAAGGAAAGUAAAAUUCUCAGAAGUAUCUCUUCGAUUGUCGGCUAUUAUUACGUCUAAGUGCGAUCAAAGAUAUAAACUAAAAAAAAAAAAAAAAAAAAAAAAAAAGAGAAAAGACAAAGAAAAAGUAAAGGUACCAAAAUCCAAAAUAAUAUAAAAGAAAAAAAAAGAUAAAUGACAUUCAGUGGCGAUGAGAGUGUAUCGUGAGUACGAGAGAUAAUAGUGUGAUAAAAAUUUUGGUGUCGGUGUAAAAAUAGAGUUAAGUAAAAAUUUAUUGGCUCGUGCGUAUCGACUAGCAUGUGCAGUGUUUUCGUCAACCAUUUCUUUUUCUAUUGUUUUUAAUAAAAUCGUUAUCUUUAAUGUGGCUGGGAUCGUGAACUCCGUCAUCGAUCCGCUCAGCGGAACGAACGCGAAUUGUCAAGCGAUAAAUGAAUGUUGUUACGCCGGCUAGUCGUGAUCGUGACGGUGAAGAAGAAGAAGAAGAAGAAGAAGAAGAAAAACAAGAAGAAGAAAAAGAAGAGAAAGUCAAGGCACGUUAACAUCACUCGAUUUAAAUUCAUAAAUGUGCGAGAGGAGGAGCCCACAAUGGUGGCUCGAGUCCCGCAACAAGUUCUACUGCUACUCGUACUCGUUGCCGGAGCAUCCGCAGAGUCGACGCAGGAGAGAAAAGAUUCCACUUUUUACGUUCACGGACGAAGUAGAUCUACAAAUAGAUCGUCACGUUCCAUCUUAUCAUCAUCUUCAUCGAUGUCCUCGUCCUCAAUGUCGAUUUCGUCAUCCUCUGAAAGAACUCUCCAUAGAAUUUUUAAAACGACACCCUGGAGCAACGACGAUAGCACACAAACAUUCGGAUUGGCUCAUGGAUCUUCGAGGAUGAUGCUAGAGGAAAAUUCGGAAAAGACGCAAACGACAAUCCAAAAUUACCUUUCGAAUGAAUCGAGCUCUUUCUCGUCUUUGAAAAAUCGUCCCGAAUAUUCUGUCACCGAAUCAUCCAAAAAUUUCGACGUUUCUAGAAUAUCGAUAAAAGAAACGUCAAAAAUUUCGAAAAACAUCCCGAUCAUUUCUACGAUUGCCGACAUAGUCCCAACUACGGAGAGUCGAGGAAUAUCAACAGAAAUAUUCUCCAGGACGACAACCACGUCGAUGCUAUUAUCAUCGUCAAGGGACGACAUAUUUCGACGUCGUCAAAUGAGACACGCCGCAGACAAAUGCGAGAAAUUUCUAAUCGGCGACGAAGCUAAGAGAGAAUUCUACAGUCCGAAUUAUCCGAAUCCUUAUCCGAAUCAUACGGAAUGUGUCAGAGUUCUCGAGGCUGAUGAGGGUAUGUUGCUGAAGCUGGACUUUCGGGACGAAUUCAAGCUUGAGGACAGUCCCGAGUGUCGUUUCGAUUCUCUCGAGGUCCGUGACGGCAAGCACGGAUAUUCGAACCUCCUAGGAAAGUUCUGCGGCUCGAAUUUCCCGCCUGAGAUCACUUCGAAGACGAGAUACCUCUGGCUACAUUUCCACAGCGACGAGAAUAUCGAAGGCAAAGGAUUCAAGGCCGUCUGGAGUAUGAUACCCAGACCAACUUAUCCCGGAGUCCCACCAGAGAUAGAACCGUGCUUAGUUAACGUGACCGGUGACGAAGCUAUUAUCAGCCAUAAUGAUGUAGAGGACAAGAAAAAAUUAGCCGAGAAGGAGGGCAUAGCUUUGGACUGUAUGUGGGUGAUAAAAGUUAAGGAAGGAUGGAAGAUACAACUGGCAUUCCCGGACUCGAACCAUUUCAAGUUGCAGAGGCCAAACGAGUGCGAAGCCAAUUUCCUCGACGUUUUCGAAGAGAAAACAGAUCUCCGUUCACGAUUGAAAAAUUUUUGCGGUAGCAUCGCCGAUACGGUCAUAGUGAAAUCGAACUUAGCAUAUGUCCGUUAUUACGCCGAGCCUAAAGCUUUAAACAGCACCUUUGAAGGUGUAAUGACUGCUAUCAGGGACAAAGAAGCCGGCGAAUCAACAUGCAGAACCGGAGAGUACGACUGCGAGGACGCGACCUGCAUCGCCUCUAUAUUACAGUGCAACGGAAGGAUCAACUGCCGCUUCCGGUGGGACGAAGACGACUCGACAUGCGACCAAAAGAAAUCGAGUAUCAUCGAUUCUCAGCACAUCGUCAUUAUUCUUGUUGUUUUCUCCCUCAUCGUUUUUGGCAUGAGCUUCGCGUUCUUCUUCAAUUGCGUGCGGAAGCUUAUUCGUGAUCAUCGAAUCAUUCAGGAACACAUAAGACAGUCUAGAGAGAAUCGAUUGGAUGAACUAGGUCGUAAAUCUACACCGAGGCCUCUUUCAACUUCGAGAACGGACAUCAGAGAUCGGAGUAGCGAGUCACCUAGCUUGGAAGUGGUACCGAGCAAAGAACUUUUACCACCAAGCACAGUGAUAGCAGAAGAAUACACGGUAGCUUAUAACAACAAAAUCACUUACAACGGACGAGACAUGAACGACAUACAUCAAAGUAAUAACGUAAGCAACGCGACUCAAGAAAGACUGCAAGAGUCAAAUGACGAGCCAGAAAUGCGAGAUAAUUCGUGUCAGACUAGGGAGAGUCUAUUCGAGCCACGAUUAUCGGACACCGUAGUACCUCCAGCGUUCACGACUUUCGGAUUUCGGGGCUCGCAAAAUGGGACCAAUUAUCAUCGUCAUCAUCAUCAUCAUCAUCACCAUCACCCGCAAAGUCCGCAAAAGUCACACCCAAGUCCAUCGCUCUCGCAUCAGAGCUCUCAACAGUCUUCUCAACAGAGCUCGCAUCAGCAGAGUAGCUCUCAGUGUUCAGGUUGCAGUCCAGCAUCUAGAGGACGAGAUGGUAGUAUGGGUAUCUGUCCAAAGCACAAUCCAAUUCCAGCACCGCCAGGUUGGUCAACCCAUGAGCUAAGUUAUCCUCCUCAACACCAAUCCGGGCAAUAUCAAGAAGUUACGGACUAUCCUUCCUAUCAGAGGUUCCAAAGUCCAAAACCUAGCGGAGAAGGUGGUAACUAUCAUCAGUCUCCUAAAUUCAUCAGACAGAAUACCGUAGGUUCCGGCGAAAGAUAUGGUAGUUCGAUCUACGGCUCUGGUCAAAAUUCCACACAGAUUUCUGCUCAUGGUUCCAGCAACACAACGUCAAGUACUCAUCACUCGACAUCGUCUAAGUCUCAGCAACAACAGCAACAACAACAACAACAACAGCAACCUAGUGACCCCAGGUAUAAAGCCGAAGCUAUUAUCGAAAUCGAUCAAAGGAGACCAUUUAGCAUAGAGAGCACAAAAUCAGCCCCAGAUGUUAUAGCAACGCACUGACGCCGGGGCUAUGGGGAUUGGGAACCUUACAGGAGACGCCAUCCCCGUAAAAAUAUAGAUGACACUCAACAAAUUCAACAAGAAACACAUAACGAGCGAGUUAAAGUAACUGUGGCUACUCAAAGUUCGUUAGACGAUGAUACGUCGACCAACUCGACGGUAGAACAUACAUCGUCCUCCUGAUCCGUGCAUCAAAAUAUCGUAGUCGAUCCACCUGACUCUUUUAUCGACGAUAAGAACACUUCGAAAAAAUCAUCUCUUAGCAUUUUACCAAUCGAACAUAAAACAUCACUAUUCAAUGAACUCGCUCUAAUACGAUUGUCCUCGAAAUUGGACGAUUUACCGAUCUUAAAACCACCUGAUAACUUCGGAACGCCUGUCUUCAAAUGUAAAACGCCUUCCUUAUCCUGGCAGCAUUGUGGCUGUCCUUCUCAUUCUCAUUUGCCAUCUCGAAGAUCGACGAUCACCUGGAGUGCCUUGAAACGUUGCGGACAGGACGCCUUCUAUCGCACUUGGCCUAAUAGAUCCGCUAAAAGGCUACUGCGACCUCAGAAGAGGACCGUCGGUACUCAAAGUUCCUUCGACGGCGUUAAGUCAUCGCUUGGGACACUUCGUUGCGUGUCUAGAUCGAUCGAUAUGACGGCGACUACGAUGGAUCAGGAGAUCGGGGUAUCUAUACCUUUCUAACGAUAGAUUUACGUGUUCUACUCUUCCUCCGAUCAAUUAUUGCUUCAUUUUCUUUUUUUCUUCUUUUUAACUAAUCCUUAUUUAUUUUAUCUCUCUCUCUCUCUCUCUCUCUCUCUCUCUCUCUCUUUUUGUCUGUUUCACUCUCUCUUUUUUUCAUUGAGCCUAAACGAGUAAAAAAUCAAAAAUUUUCUCACGUCGUGAUUUUCAGGAAGAGUGAACAAACGAUCCAAAACUGAUAAUAAACUCUCGAAGCAUUUUUAAUAACAAUUGUCUAACAAGGCCGUACGUAAAAAAAAAAAAAAAA